ACGUGAGUACAACGUUUUGGCGCUCUUCGCUCAUUGGAUAACUCACCUUGUGGGAACCAAUCAGCACGAGCGAAAUUGAGCCAAUCAACAGCAUGCAUAUUCCCGAAAAAGCAUAUAAGCACGAGAGCUCUAGGAUUCAGCAUCAGUUGCAUUUAACGCAUAGAGAGAGAUAGACGCAAAAUGAGAACCUCCAAGAUCAUCAGAUCUGCCGCCAUUCUCGGCACAUUUCUGUCAACAACAGGCCGUGCCCUGCAUCUAGACAUAGUUAAGUUGGGUAGUGAUGUGUGGCAGUUCAGUAAUGAGAUGGGUGCCACGUUAGGGCGUGAGCUGCUGUCGCUUGGUGACAGUGUCUACAGCUUUACCACAACCACUUCUGCUGCUGCUCUGUCUUACUUCUCGGCAACAGAUCUGCUCUUCUUUCUUGCCUUUCUGCUUUUUGUUGUUUCGUUUGUUGGCUGUGUUCAGUUUGUUCGUCAGUUCAACACUACAAUGCAAGACCUCAGAAGAAAAAUGGCAGAUCUUGCAGAAGAGAACGUGCAGAUGAGGCUUAUUUUAACAGCUCUUAUGAACGAUGCCGAGGAAGCCGAGAAACUAUUAGCUUUGAAAUUGAGCACCCUACCCCAGGAACAGUAUAGCCUGGGCAAGUGGCUGAAUUUCCACACUGACAUGUUCAGCAUCAGACUGAACAACAUGGAAAGCCAAGCUCACAAAGCACCACAGAGCCGUAGAUACAAAAGAUGAAGUAUUGAGCCAUAGUGAUCAUGAACUCUGCAUCAGCAUUUUAUUUUUAAAUUACAUUUAGCAGUUUUAAGAUAAUUAUGUUACAAUAAAGUGUUGUUACCUGAAA